UAUAGUACGGCAUCCCCACCAACCCUACUGUGCUGUGGCAAGUGAUAUUGAUCCCACAAAGCAAAUAAGGGUCCGUUUCUCUUAGAAGCGACGGCAAGCCAAAGCACGUUACAAGCUUCUGCUGAAAAGGGUUUUCUCUUCUUUACAGAGUGCUGUGAGUUUCAUCAAUGGCGUCGAGAUUGCUCUGGGCUUCGAGAGCUGCUUCAUACCUUAGGAUCUCAGUACCCCAUAGAGGGUCUGCUUCUGUUCUGAAGGACUUGAAGUAUGCUACCUCUCACGAAUGGGUGAAAGUAGAAGGGAAUCAAGCAACUGUUGGCAUAACUGAUCAUGCUCAAGAUCAUUUAGGUGAUGUUGUCUAUGUUGAAUUACCAGAAGUUGGGACUUCUGUUAAACAGGAUGGCAGCUUCGGCGCGGUAGAAAGUGUUAAAGCUACCAGUGAUAUUAAUUCUCCUGUGUCAGGGAAAAUCAUUGAGGUCAAUGAAGAGCUCAGCAGUUCCCCUGGUCUGGUGAACUCGAGUCCAUAUGAAAAUGGAUGGAUAAUUAAAGUGGAGGUGAGUGAGAGUGGUGAACUGAAAAACUUGAUGGACUCUGACCAGUACUCCAAGUUCUGUGAAGAAGAAGAUUCAAAGCACUGAGAUGUUUGAACUCUGCAUCAGAUCAGAUCACUUCAGUUCAGCUGCUUCUCUGGACUGCACGUUUCUUCCUUCUUCCUUUUUCUGGAUUUUCUUUCCUCUGUAAGGCUCACAAAUUUGGUGGAAUUUUCUCACUCAGAUGAAAUAAUUGAAUGGUCAUUUUGAAAAAUAUGUUUGACAGUGUAGUGAUUUGAAGCAACUUUUUGGCUUUUGAUUAAAAAAUAAGUGAUAUGUUAAAUUUACAUUUUAUGCUUAAACUUCGGAGGGAACCCGGAUGCCAAGCUCUUUAUCUGCUCA